AUGUCUGAAGAAAAAAAUGAUGAUAUUCUAGAAUUAUCAGAACACGCAUUAUCAGCAUUAAAUGAAUUUCUUUCAGAGCAAAAAGAACAACAGAAAAAAUUCGAACAACUAAAGUCAAAGUCUUUAUCUUGUAUACAAAACUAUUUAGAAUCUAAUUCACAAGAUUCAAAACAAAAUAACGAUGAUAAUACAGAAAUUAAUAUAGAAUUUUUUAAAGAAGACUGGCAGCUGAGCCAAUUUUGGUACGAUGAAGAGACAUCAAACAUUUUGGCUCAAGAAGUUCUAACUAAUACCAACCCAGACAGUCGUAUAGCAUGUAUCAGUACACCAACAGCAUUCGUAAAACUAAAAUCAUUAAAACCAACCCCAAAACAAACAAUCUAUCUUUUUGAAUUUGAUACAAGAUUUGAUGUAUAUGGAGCGGAUUUUUAUACAUACGAUUAUAAAAACCCUACUAAAUUUCGUAAUUCCCAAGAAUUAAAAAAUUCCUUUGAUUUUAUAUUAGUUGAUCCUCCGUUUUUAAGUGAAGACUGUUGUACUAAGUCCAUGAUAACAGUUAGAUGGCUUGAGAAAAAAGGAAAUUGUAAAGUUUUAAUUUGCACAGGAGCUGUAUUGCGCGACCUCAUUUAUAGAUUAAUCAAGGCAAAAAUGUCGACUUUCAUUCCACAGCAUAAAGGUGGUUUGGCAAAUGACUUUCGCUGUUAUUCUAAUUAUGAAAGCCAAAAUAUUAAAUGG